AUGGACACCUCAUCUGCUCAGGUGAAGGUCGUCUUCACCACGGACGAGCCAGACCUUGUCCUCCCAGAGUCCAAGAGACAACUGCUCGUGCCAGCAGACAUCAAGCGCUAUGGCCUCUCCCGUAUCUUAAACUCCGAGUCGAUGCUGGAUACUUCAUCGCCCGUCCCUCUCGAUUUCCUCGCCAACGGCACUUUUUUGAAAACCAGCAUCGAAGAAUACCUCAAGUCGAACGGCCUGUCCGCAGAGACAACGUUGACCCUGCAUUACGUCCGCAGUCUUUUGCCCCCAGUCUACGAAGCCAGCUUUGAGCACGACGACUGGGUCAGCGGCGUCGACGUCUUGUCGUCAACUUCUCCCGCCGGCCUGCUUGCCGGGGGUGCCACCGUAAACGACCGCGUGGCCAGUUCCUCCUAUGACGGGCUUGUGAGGAUCUGGAACCCGUCCGGAACGGCGAUUGCCGUUUCUGCCGGCGGUAAAGGCGAAGGACACACUCAGCGCAUCAACGCCGUGCGAUGGCUGUCACCGACCCAGCUGGCGUCGGCCGGCCUGGAUCGCAAAGUCGUCGUGUGGGACUACAAGGAGGCGGACGAUGGCUUCUCCGGCACCCUCAAGCCCAACAUGGAGCUCUGGGGCCACGAGAAGAACAUCCACAGCAUCGACGUCAACGGUUCCACCCGGCGCAUCCUGACUGCCUCGUCGGACGGCCGAGUCGGCUUGUGGUCCGCCUCCAAACGCACGGCCCCCCAGGCCGACCCCGAAUCCCUCCCCUCGGCGCACAGCACCAAGCGUGCCAAGCUGUCCAACGCCGGGUCGACCGCUCAGCGCGGGCCCCUGGCCAUGAUCCCCCUGCACGACGAGGCCGUCACGGCCGCCAUCUUCCACCCCAAGGACUCGACCGUCGCGUACUCGGCGUCCCUGGACCACACACUCAAGACCAUCGACCUCACCACGCAGCGGGAAGUCUCCCGCCUGACCACCAUGCACCCCAUCCUCUGCGCGGCCGCCCUGCCCGGCACGUCGCUCGUGGCCGCCGGCUCCUCGGCGAGGCACAUCACCCUCCUCGACCCCAGGGAGUCCGCCGCCGCCACCGCCGCCAUGACCCUCCGCGGGCACGUCAACAUGGUCGUCUCCGAGGGCGGCGGCAGCGUCAGCGAGCCCGUCUAUACUAUUGGCAGGGAGUGGCUCAAGGGCAAGAAGCUGCCGCCUGCGGGAGACGGCGCCAAGGUGCUGAGCGUGGUGUGGGACAAGACGUGGGGAAUCGUCAGCGGAGGAGAGGACAAGAAGGUUCAGAUCAACCGGGGCAAGGGGUUGCUGGCAUCAUAG